AAAUGUCGCGAUCAGUACAGUUAGCUGUAGGAAUCAGCUACACUACUAAUCAAAAUAAGAGAAUAAAUUAUAAAUCCGUUGAUAUUCCGUUCAAUAUCAACGUGGGCGAUGAAUGGACAGAAGAGGAUAUUAUACAACGGUUUAAACCGCGUAUAAAUCUUACUUCAAAUGUCGUAUCUAAUACAACCGUAUCCGUUAAUGGUGAACCAUCCAAUUUAACAGCGAAUAUCAUAAAUAAAGGAAAUAAAAAAAGAUCAGCGAAUGGUUCGCAAAAACGGGUAGUAAAGCCAAGAAAUGUUGGACAACCUAUGACAACUCGAGGAAAGGAUAAAGGGAAAGCGAAGGAAAUGACACAAUCAACAUCAGCAGAUAAUUCCGACUCUGAUAGCUCAAAUUUAACACCACCACCACCUAUCAUUCCUGCUACAAAGGAUAAACCAGAAAGGAUUAAGAAAUCAACAAAGACUGCACUAGCAACUAAUGCCAAACUACUCGCAGAAGACGAGAUAGUUUCUAAACAUUGGAAAGAGUUCUCACAUAAGACUAGCGCCGAUAUGAUAUACCUAAGUGAAAAAACUAUACCACUAUCAAAAGCAUAUUUUGGUGAAACAGCACUAGAAAAACAAACAAAUAGACAAACGCAUUUGGUAUAUAAAGAUGAUGCAAUAAUUUUAUUAGUACAACCAAACAGUACAGAUGUCAGAUUAGCUAGAAUAGUUAGUUUCGAUUCUUUACGAGCGGUGAGGGUGAGAGAAUCUAAAAGUAGAAAACCAAUUUUUGGCUUUCAAUUAAAGAAAGGGACGAAGGUACUAAAUUUCCUCAAAUUAUAUGGUUUUAAUGAUGACGAUUGGAUUCAUUUAUUCCCAAACGUGAAUCAUGAAUUAUUCUUACCAGAUUAUGAAAGUAAAUUGGUCUAUAGUCUUAAAGUCAACGCAAAGAAACUAGACAUUGAUCUUGAGAAGCUUUCUGAUGAUCAAGUCACAUCGAUUCAAAAGAAAUUAUUAUGA